CUUCCGUUUAAACAACAAACUUCUCCUAGCAGCUGAUUACUGUGUGGCGGUUGUCGGGUCUUUCAAAAGUGACACACUAUAUGCUUUACUUGCUAUUUAUUAUUUAUUUUAUUAGUAUAUUUGAUUUAUUAAACUUUAAAUUAUUGAGAAACAUAACCGAGUGCGCUUUUUGCUAGCUGGGCUGUAGAUUAGCAGCGUACAUGGCUAGACACGUGACUCCCAGACACAAGGUGGUGUCUUCAGGCAGGUUGACAGGAUCAGGCCGAGGACAGAUGACGAGGAAAAAGGUUGCUGGCCGACCUCAACAUCUUGACCCUUCAUAUUCUCUUUACUCCACAGAUUCAGAAGAUCAGGUCACGACCAUCAACAAAGGCCUGGAUCGAUGUGCGGCUUUGCUCAGUGAUAUACUUCAAGCUGAACAAGCAGAUCCCAAGAUGAAGUCGCAUAUCUUAAAGGUGGCCCCUCCUAAAAAGAAAACACUUGGAAAGAAUGACGCAGACAGAAAAAGGGUUGGGAAGAAGGCAAGCGCAGGUGCACAUAUAAACAAGAGACCAGCUCCAGUACAGAAGACCAUUUUGUCUUCACACACAUACCCAGGCUCACGAGGAAGGCCAUGUGUUCGUGGGGUUAAGCAGCCCUCUGCUGAUGAUGUCAUCAUCGGAUCAGAAGUGAAGCGAGGAGGGACCUCAGUGACGCAAGUGGAGUGUGUUCAGCCACACAGCUUUCCUCUAGGUAGCAGUCUUCCAGACACAGGACCGCAGCCCUCCACUGUGUUUAACUGCCGUCUGACCACCUCCACUCCAGCACUCAGUCCUCAAAGACCCACGUCAGCUCAUAGUCAAGGGCCUCACGAGGGAGCAGAUGGAGAGACGCAUCAGUUCACUCAGCAGUGGGCUGCAGCCUCUGCGGUCCCAUCGACUCAGCAUGGAGCUUUGAGUGCUACGAUUUCACCCACCCAAUACACGGCAUCUUUUUCUGUAGCUCCAGCUGUCCAGGUGCAUCCUGCAGUCCCCACAGCCAGAUCAGCAGUCCAUCCAGGGCAGCUCAAAUCCUCCAGUCCUGUUAUACAUGCACCUCAUGCAGGCUCAGGUGGACAGAAUAGCGCCCUCCUGUCAAGCUGCGGACCUCAGAUCUGCCCUUCUCCUCCAGUGGCAGCACGGAUCCCCACACCAGUAGCCCUCCCCACCCACAUCCCAGUGUGUGACAGUUCACAGGAUCAACCGCUCUCAUCUGGAGAGUGUGUGUCAUCUUCAUCAGAGGAGAGUGGAGACUGCAUGAGUGAAGAGGAUGAGCUGGACCGAGUGGACACCAUGCCGGUCAGAGACACAAGCUGUCGGAGCGGCAUGGACAAACAUGCAGCGAUUCUAAAACACAAAAGCAAGUCGCAGAGCCCUGAAAAGACGUCAAGGAAGGUGAUAACUGUCAAAUACCUGUUAGGGGAGCUGAAGGCCCUGGUAGCUAAUCAAGACAGUGAGGCGGUUCGUCUUAUCUCCGAGGUAGAGCAGAGCAUCUCCCUGCUUCCUGCUAUGGUGGGCAGCACCAACAUUCAGGCUGAACUUGCCCUCGCACUGCAACCGCUGAGAAGCGAGAACGUGCAGCUUCGCAGGCGUCUGAGAAUACUGAAUCAGCAGUUACAGGAACGGGAGAGAGCCGAAAGGCAGGGGAGACCACUGGACUGCAAUCUAGAACUGGUCUCACUGCAGUCGCUAAACCUCACACUUCAGACUCAGUUAAAUGAUCGCCAAAGAGAGCUGGAGAAACUUCAGCAGGAGAACCAGACUCUACGUCAGGCUGUAGAGGACCGAGAGAACGACCUGCAACAGAUCAAAGAGCAGUGCGAGUCAGAGACAAACCGUAUACACAUGGACGUGAGUGAGGCAUUAGAGGAAAUGCGAAGCUGCCAGACUAAGCUGGAAGACUCGGAGAAGGAGAAGACUGCACUGACACACAGCCUCCAGCAGAAGGAGGCAGAGAUCACAAGACUACAGGAGAUCAUCCGAGAUCUUCAGAAAAGUUUUAUGCCAAGUCAUCCCGUUCAGAAAGAGGUUUCCAGACCUCCUGUGACUCAGCUCACUAGGAGUGCACUUGGUCAAUAUGAAAAUCGAGAGCCGUCCGUUUCAAACCGAAUCACAGACUCUGUUAAGGCCUACCUUCAGACUAUGGAGGACUCAGGACACAGCUCGCCACCUCAUCCAGCUCAGUCUCAACCACAUAACCUUCCUCAGUCUUCCCCUGGCCAGUGGAAACGUGGAAAGGAGAGCUCUCCUAAAAGUUCAAAUUUACACACAUCACUUAGGAACACAACAGUUGUGGGUUAUAGUCAGGAAGUCGAGCAAAGUGAAACAGCUUUUGUUCCCCUACGAGAGGCAGCAUGGCCGCAGCCUGUACCAGUUCCCCAGAAAAGCACUCCAGUUCAAGGAAAUGAUCACACUGGGCUGAAGUACCUCGGACUUGCUUUUAAUAAACUUGGUAUCUCUAAUGGCCCCCCAGCUCUGGAUGAUGAGUGUUCUACAGAUCACCCCCUACAGCCUGAUGGACUGAGCUCACAGCUAAACCAGCCCAGUAAGGGUGUUGUAAAUCCUGAAAUCCAAACCCAAUCCCAGCAAGCACGGCGGUGGCUAGAUAUGGGCGAAGUGUCAGAAUACACAGGAAGGCCAUCCGCAUAUGAGAACUCCUUUACAUCCUGUGAUAUAAAAUCCUUAACUUCCGACUGGAGCGUGAACUCCUAUUCUACGUUUAACACGCGUGACGAGCAAGACUUCCGCAACGGGUUAGCAGCUUUAGACGCCAGUAUUGCCAGCCUGCAGAGAACUCUGAAAGCUGACCUUAAGAGAUGAUUUGCAAAACUUUUACUGAUCUAGUUUUAUCUGUGUUUUAUGUGAUUUGAUCAUGGUAAUAAAUUAUUUUAUUAAAAAAAUGGCACCUUA